AUGCCCACGUCGGGAGUUGCAAUUGAGAUGCAGCUGGAAACAAUGCGCAAGCAGUUCGAGUCGGAUCUUCUGCGGGUCCUGGAGCGCGUGCAGGCCUUGGAGGGACGCCUCGACAUGCAGCAUUCGUCUGUGGUAAUUGGCCAGAAGAUGAGCAGCAACGAU